UUUGAGAUGUCAAAAAUCUUUAUAUCUACCAUUAACACAAACAACACUAAGGACUCCCCUGAAAAUAUGUGUUGAACCCUUUUUUUCAAAGUUUUGAGUGUCUCAAAGCCAAGAACAAGGGGUCCCUACAAUUUGAGGACAAGUGGGACCUGAUGCGACCCAUCGUCCUCAAGUUGCUCAGACAGGAGGCAGUCACCAAGCAACAGUGGUUUGACUUGUUCUCAGAUGUCCAUGCUGUUUGUCUAUGGGAUGAUAAAGGUCCAGCCAAAAUCCACCAAGCCCUCAAAGAAGACAUCCUCGACUUUAUCAAGCAAGCACAAACUCGUGUGCUGAGCCAUCAGGAUGACACAGCUCUGCUUAAAGCCUACAUUGUAGAGUGGAGGAAGUUCUUCACCCAGUGUGACAUCCUGCCUAAACCUUUCUGUCAGUUGGAGAUCACACUGAUGGGAAAACAAGGCAGCAACAAGAAAACUAACAUGGAAGACAGCAUUGUACGCAAGCUGAUGCUGGACACGUGGAACGAGUCAAUCUUUUCCAACAUUAAGAGUCGCCUGCAAGAUAGUGCUAUGAAGCUGGUUCACGCCGAGAGGUUGGGAGAGGCAUUUGACUCGCAGCUAGUUAUAGGUGUACGCGAGUCGUACGUCAACUUGUGCUCUAACCCAGAUGACAAGCUGCAGAUCUACAGGGAUAACUUUGAGAAAGCUUAUUUGGACUCCACAGAGAGGUUUUACCGAACACAGGCACCAUCCUACCUGCAACAAAAUGGUGUCCAGAAUUACAUGAAAUAUGCCGAUGCAAAGCUGAGAGAAGAGGAGAAGAGAGCACUAAGAUAUCUGGAGACACGCCGUGAAUGUAACUCUGUUCAAGCACUUAUGGAAUGUUGUGUGAAUGCACUGGUGACGUCCUUCAAAGAGACCAUCUUAGCCGAAUGUCCAGGAAUGAUUAAACACAAUGAAACAGACAAGCUGCACCUGAUGUUUUCCCUGAUGGACAAGGUUCCCAGUGGGAUCGAGCCCAUGCUAAAAGACUUGGAAGAGCAUAUCAUCAAUGCAGGUCUAGCAGACAUGGUGGCUGCUGCUGAGACAAUCACUACUGAUUCUGAGAAAUACGUGGAGCAGCUGUUGACGUUGUUUAACCGCUUCAGUAAGCUGGUUAAGGAAGCUUUCCAGGACGAUCCUCGCUUCCUCACUGCAAGAGAUAAGGCUUAUAAGGCUGUUGUCAAUGAUGCCACAAUCUUCAAAUUGGAGCUGCCUAUGAAGCAGAAGGGUGUGGGUAUGAAGACUCAGCCAGAGUCCAAAUGUCCUGAGCUGCUGGCAAACUAUUGUGACAUGCUGCUGAGAAAAACUCCCCUUAGCAAGAAACUCACCUCAGAAGAAAUUGAGCUCAAACUCAAAGAAGUGCUCUUGGUGUUGAAGUACGUCCAGAACAAAGAUGUGUUUAUGCGUUAUCACAAGGCUCACCUGACCAGGCGCCUGAUUCUGGACAUUUCAGCAGACAGUGAGAUUGAAGAGAACAUGGUGGAGUGGCUUAGAGAAGUAGGAAUGCCUGCUGAUUAUGUGAACAAGCUGGCCAGGAUGUUCCAGGACAUCAAAGUCUCAGAGGACCUCAAUCAAGUCUUCAAAGAGAUGCACAAACACAACAAGCUGGCCCUGCCAGCUGACAGUGUGAACAUUAAGAUCCUGAAUGCUGGGGCGUGGUCACGAAGCAGUGAGAAGGUUUUUGUCUCGCUGCCCACGGAGCUGGAGGACCUGAUUCCUGAGGUGGAAGACUUCUAUAAAAGAAAUCAUAGUGGCCGUAAACUCCACUGGCAUCACCUCAUGUCCAAUGGGAUUAUCACCUUUAAAAACGAGGUGGGCCAGUACGACCUGGAGGUGACAACGUUCCAACUUGCCGUGUUGUUUGCUUGGAACCAGAGACCCAGAGAGAGAAUCAGCUUUGAGAAUCUCAAACUGGCCACAGAGCUGCCUGAUGCCGAGCUGCGUCGAACACUAUGGUCCCUGGUUGCCUUCCCCAAGCUGAAGAGACAAGUGCUGUCCUAUGACCCUCCAGUUAGUUCUCCCAAAGACUUCACGGACGGCACGCUUUUCUACGUCAACCAGGACUUCUCACUUAUCAAAAACUCCAAAGUCCAGAAGAGAGGAAAAAUCAACCUGAUUGGUCGGCUGCAGCUGACCACUGAGCGAAUGAGAGAAGAGGAGAAUGAAGGAAUUGUACAGCUCAGAAUACUCAGGACUCAGGAGGCAAUCAUCCAAAUUAUGAAGAUGAGGAAGCGCAUCAGCAAUGCCCAGCUGCAGACGGAGCUGGUAGAAAUCUUGAAAAAUAUGUUUCUGCCUCAGAAGAAGAUGAUAAAGGAGCAGAUUGAAUGGCUUAUCGAGCACAAGUAUAUUAAGAGAGACGAGGGAGACAUCAACACCUUCAUCUACAUGGCCUAGGCAGCGAGUGAGAAUCGCAUUUUGCUGUUUUUUACUGCUGGCCUGCAGCUGGCGCUACAGAAACCUGCACGAGGAGACAAGGGAGGAAAAGAAUGUGUCUGAAGAAAGAGAAAGAAGCUGAUGCUAAGCAGGGGAAAUGUCAAAAGAAAAGGCUCUACCUUUUGGAGCCUUUUCAACAAAGGUGUGGAUAUUCUUUGUUUGUGAGGCUCCAGUGUGUUAUGUGAGUGUCAUUUCAAGAUGUAGUGUUGAGUCAUCAGGUUGUUUGUCUCUGCUGCCCUCUAGUGUCUGAUCAGUGGAGAGGCAUGGCACUGUGCGCCGUUUGCCAGCAGCUCAGAAAAUGAAACAAAAAAAUAAUAAUAGUAAAAAUAAUUAAAUACUUCCUGCCUUACUUUUCAUCAGCAUUGGGCCACAAAAGAGGUGAAAAUGAAUUGUGGAGGGAAGGAGGACAAAUUUAAGAAGCUGAUAUCAAUCCCUUGCUUUCACUUGACACCACAGCUGCCAUUUUUGUGGCAACAGUCUUGCAUCCCACCUAUCCUCCUUUGAGGUUUUCUAGGUUUUUUUUUUCUUUUGUUUGUUGGUUAGUUUUUCCUGGACAGGGAAUGCAAGGAACUGAGCCAAUGAGGAGCACACAUGGACAAAAAAAGAGUUCAAACUACAGAGGAGUAUUUUGCCAAAUUGUGUGUGUGCUGGGUGUGUGUCCAUGUGCAUGGCGUGCAUCUGAUCUUUCAGACAUGUGUAUGUGUGUGUGUGUGUGUGUGUUUGCACUUUCAACAGCAUGCUGCUCUAUGAUUUUUUUUUCUUUUUUUCCAUUCAGUGGAGAAUCGGUCACUUUGUGGCUGAAAAAUUAAGAUGGGUUGUCAUUAAAUGCUGAUAUAUAGUUUUUUUUAUGAUGCUCUGUGACUGCAGGUGACCAUUAUCCGAUGGUGAACAGGUUUUGUCUGUAGUUUCUUUUGGACAGUUUGCGUCCUGCCAACUAUUUAUUUGGUGUGUAAAAAACAACAAAAAGAAAGCUUUGAACAUUUUAAGAUAAAAUACCACUUAAUUGCAUCAAAGGGGAACAGAGAGAAAUUUGUGACCAGGUAACUUUUGUGUAUGAGUAAAAUAGAACAAUCCCUACAGUCUGCACCAUAAGUACUUGGAUAAUAAGACAUUAAAUUAUUUGUACUUAAAUAUAUUUAAUUUAAAAUAAAACUAUGGUGACCACAGUGAAGUGGCUGAGCAUGCUUUGAUUUGGAUAUUUUUACUCCACUAUAGAAAUAAUCUGAGAUAAAGCUCUUUCAAACAUACAGUGCCCAAUGUUUGCAGGUUCUGAUGUUAUUGGAUGUGCAUGCAGCAGAAAAAAGUCUCUGUAUUAAGUAUUUUUGUAUAACUCCUUCCACUUAGUGCUAUCCUAAAUUUUGGACUCUUACACAUCGGCACCUGCUUUCCCACAUUAUUCCUGCAGCCACCAGUUCAGUUCUUUGUUGAUUCUUUGCUUGAUGACUGGUCCCCAUCAGGUUGACAGCAGCUAAGUAGGACUGAGACUACUUUAAAAUUUAUUUCUGAAUGUAAGCACAAAGGUUUCAGUAACAGUGAAACCAUCGAUUAAUUACAGUAUAGCAUUUAUUUUGGCAAUCAUAAAUUUCCAAGUGCAAGUAUGUUACAUGUUGUCAGAGGAGAUGCCACACUUUCCUCUUUCCACAAUUUUGAUUGAGGUGGAUUCCUGAUUUAUCGCUCCAGAGAUACUUGUUUCCUAAGUCCUGAACAGCAGUUUGAGUUGGUGUGUUCAGAAAAUGUUUCUUUAGUAUACACAUCAUUUCCUGCGUUUACACAAAUCCUGUGCUGCUUAUUUACAUCCUGCUUUUUAGAAGAUGUACCCAACUGUUGAUUUUGGUAAACUGGCUACCUCAGAUAACCAACCCAGUGAUAUAUUUCUUCAGUUUAGGAUCUCAUGCUAAUCUUUUUCCACUUGCAAACUCAACUCUACUCCUCAUGUUUUAGAAAACUACCUCAAUCUAAAGGGCAACUCUGACUUACUCUUGAGGCCCACGAGUUAACUGUUCAUAAACCAAUAUGGAAACAACACUCAAUUGUUCAAGAAAAAUCUAUUAAGUGUGUGAUUUCUUUUUAACCAUAAACUUUGGGCAUGGUGUGUUAAGUGGGCUACACCUCGAACAGGGUCUGCCCUGUGUGGAAGUAAAUGUGCUCAAAUUAAAGCUGUGAAGUUUUUAUUUCAUAUUCAUUAUUUCACUUUAGUACAAAUUUGAUGACACCGAAAACCAAAAGUAAAGAGUUGUACAAAUAUCUAAAUGCUUGUGGUCUGGGCCAUGCACUCAUUGGACCGAGGCUGUUUGACUGUAUCUAAGCCACUAAGAGAAAUCCUUGAGUCAUUUUUGCACAGCGUGAUACCAAGAAGUUAAAGUGAAGCAGUGUUAGUUGCAGAAAUGUGUUUUACUAAGGUUUAAUGAGCGAAGGAUCAUUUUUCUCCAAGUCUGAGCUAUUUUAAAGUUAAUAUAGCCAUUAUGUGUGUGUGUUUUUGCUUGUCUGUUGUUGUUUUUUUUGUGUUUGUUUUUUUUUUCUUUCUUUCUUUUUCAGCUCAAAUUAACAGACUCAAAAAUUAACACAAAGAAAAGUUACUUCAUCUGGUGCGUGUUCAUUUUGAGGAUGGUUUUGGUGUUACUAAGGAUGACGUGGUGGCCCUUUGAGUUUUCUCCUUGCCUUUUUUCUCUUUUUGUUCAUGGCUGAUACAUAGGGGAAAAAGACAGUUUGAUUCUCCACUGAAAAAAUCUCUUGUGUUGAAAUUUGUGAGUUUUUUUUCCCCUCUUUUAUGGUCUUGUUGCACUUAUAGGGAGUUGACAAGUCAUAUUUGUCCUUUAGGGCCUGAAAGUUGUUUUUACUGCAUUCUUGCUGAGACACUUAAUGUUUUAAACAUUAAUUUCUUAUAGCAGUUCCUUUCAUCUUCGGUAAAUAAUAACCGAGCUGCACAAAUUGCAGUGUAAUGACUUGCUGAAUGGAAAUCAUGUUAUCUGUUGCACUGAGAGACAUUCUGCUCUAAUUUUGGACAUUCUGUUAAAUUAAACAGUAAAUCCUCUGAGCAGUGAGAAAAAGAAAGACAACAGUGAAUGUUUAGGGAUGAUUUUUUUAAAUUUAUUUUAUGUUAACAAAGAAUGUUACUCUUUGUCAGCUGCAAUAUUUUUUCCUGUUCUUUGUUUGUUUCAUUGUUAUGUUCACUGUACUAUUAUGAACAGUAUUUAUUUGCUAUCAUUCUUCUGUUUAAUUUUUAUUCAUAAAGGAAAAAAACUGUUACUUCAAUGAAAUCAUUGUCAAUUUUACCAGGCACAUCUACAAUUUUGUUUAAAAUCUGGCAUAACUUUUCAGUUCAUGUUACACACAUUGAUUACAGAUUUGCAAAAAACAAACAGAAAACGACAAGAAGAGUUCUCUUUUAUUGCCAACUUCUCUGAAUGAGUGAGACUUUAUUUUAAAGAUGUACCAGAAAUGAAUGAGAAAAACAACAACUUUUGCAGUUCCAUUCUCUAUGCACAGGCCCGGUUCGGUCAGUAUAGUCCAGAUGAUUCCUGCUUGUUUUUUGAUCUUUUAAACGCUACACAUGAGUCCAGUAAAUUAGGCCUUUCUAAAUGUCAGUACUUUUUUUCAUUUGUGUGAUCCGAAACUUAUUAAAUUAUUAUAACAAUUCAUGUUGACCAACAAAUUAAAACAAAUGUUAAAUUGGUUUUCAGACAUUUAAUACCAUCCAUGUGUGCUUAUUUAGUGAGUUAAGACUUAAUCUGGUUUCUGUUGAGCUUAAAGUAAAAGAAAGAAUGGAAAUGUAACAGAUAUUAUUCACUUUAUUAAUCCCAGUGGGAAAUUGCAAUAAAAUAAAAUUAAAAGUUUAUCUACAAGAAUUAAGAUCACAAGUCUUAAGAAGAUAAAUUAGCUUUAGGGUGGACCAAGGCCCAAAUAGCAAAAUCAUAGCAAGAAAGAGAAAAUCAAUCCGAAACAAAGUGAAAGAAAAUCCAGUAAUUUUCCCCCUAGACUAACAAAACAGGAGAAAAAUUAAUAAAAAAAGAGUUGGAGCCCACCUCUAUAAACUCUUAGUCAUCAAUGAUUCAAUUGUAUGUCAUGUUGCAAACUGUGUGCAGGUAGUUGGGAGGAGGAAAUGCACAAAUCAGUGAUCAUCUCAGGUCUGAGAGCUCCACAAACCAAUCUGCUGUGAGCUGCUGAUUAUUGGUCUAUCACAGCGUGGCACCUACACAGUAAAAUUUGCAUAUAGUAGUUAAGUAAUCUCAAACUACAGCAGACACAACAGUACCACACAAAACUAAAACAUUAUGUUUAUAUCAGGUUUUCAGUAACAUUGCUAAUAGUUUUAUAUUGUUGGGUUGUUUACUAUGAUGAUUGAAAGGAAAAUUGGUUCAGACUGUCAUCAGAGGAUGAAUGCAAAAAUUUAUCUUGGUACGCUUUGUCUUGAACUUUUGUUGGCCACCCCUGCCAUAACAUCUAUGUUCAUAUCUAGUUUAAUUUUUUGUUGAAAAUGUUGAAGAUUUGUUCAUUCAGACACAUUUUAGAACCGAAAACUUUAUUAAAAGUAUAUGCUAUAUUGAGA